GACUGGUCCGGAAAUGACUAUAAGCAUCCCAGGGCCUGAACGGAGGAUCGUCCUGGUGGGCAAAACAAAAAAUGGGAAAAGUGCAACGGGAAACACAAUUCUGGGAAGAAAAGUCUUUAGUUUUGGUACAUCAUCUUGGCCAGUAACAAAAGUAUGCCAAAAGGAGGAAGCACAGCUGAAUGGCAGGAAGGUUGUGAUUGUUGAUACGCCUGGAUUUUUCCAUACCAGACGUCCACAGCAGGCCAUUGCUGCAGAAGUGAGCGAGAGUGUGAAGUUUUGCUCCCCGGGUCCCCAUGUCAUUCUAUACGUGAUGCGUCUCUUUCGUCCCCCCUGGGAGGAGAGGGAUGUCCCUCAGGAGAUCAUUGAGGUUUUUGGUUUGGAGGCCAUAAAUUACAUGAUCCUCUUGUUCACCCACAAAGGUGACCUGGAAGGUCGAUCUCUAGAAGAAGUUAUACCUUUCCUAGGUGAAGACCUGAAGGGAUACAUUGCUGCAUGUGGGAACCGGAUAUUGGCUUUCAACAACGAGGCCGAAGGGGAAGAACGAGAUGCUCAGGUGGCCGAACUGAUGGCCAUGAUUGAUGAUCUGGUGGAAAGGAACGGAAAUGCUCCUUGUUUCACAGAAGACAUGAUGAACAUCAACAAAAGACACAAGUUCUGA